AUGAUCGCCCCGUAUCUUGACAUUACGGGAACUCUACUCGAGAAUCCUCUUCACGACGUUGGCAAGAAUGAGUUCCGAUUUGUGGACAUUUGGGACCACAAACUUUACACGGUAGACUUGGCUCAAGGCCCAGAGUCCUUGAAGGUGAUUGACACCGAGGACUCCGUUGGUGUGACCGCCAAUAUCGCCGGCGCGAAAGAUGAACUUAUUGCUGGUGCCAAGCAUGGCUUUGCCCGGCUGAGUCAAACCACGGGGAAGCUAUCUUAUGUUGCGAAGCCUUGGGGAGACGACGAGACUAAGAUCAAGGAGAUGCGUUUCAACGACGGCAAUGUCGAUAGCCGCGGUCGUCUCUGGGCUGGUAGCAUGAAUGACCCCAAGGUCAAGUCCCCACAGGCUGAGGGCACUCUGUACCGUCUGGACCCGGACCUCAGUGUCCACGCAAUGCUGAGCCCGGUGACCAUCCCGAACGGCAUGGGCUGGAACGCCGCGGACGACACCAUGUACUUCACCGAUUCACCCACCUCCAAGGUCUUUGCUUUUGACUUCGACGCGGCCACCGGUGCGAUCAGCAACCGUCGCGUCUUUUUUGACGUGGGAGACUCGCUGGAGCCCGACGGGUUCGCCAUUGAUGCCGAGGGGUGUCUCUGGAGCGCUAUUUACGGAGGAGGAAAGGUGCUACGCAUCUCACCGGAGGGGAAACUCAUCGGGCAGAUUGAUCUCCCCACCCGCAACCCUACUUGUCCUGUCUUUGUGGGGACGGAGCUGUUCAUCACCUCAGCCAAGGACGAUCGUGACGAUGACAAGUUCCCCAAUUCGGUCCGGUACGGCGGCCGAGUGUUCAAGGUGGACGUUGGUGUGGAGGGUAAGGUGAAACACGAGUUCCGACUGGCACAGUGA